AUGCAAGAUGAUAGUGACUGGAGAAUGGACAAGGUAGAAAUACCUCUUCCAAAACUUUGCCGCAAAAUUGCUAACCCAGUUUUGCAGAAUGGCACUGGUCAGGAAUUUACCUACAUCUUUGAUUUUAUGAAGGUGCAGGAUAAAAAAACAAACAUAAAUUUCGUACAGCUGGCAGACUUUUCUGGUUCUAUGGAAGAAGGAUUUCGAACGCCAAUGAAUUUGCUGACUAAUUUUGCGCAUUUAAAUUUGGAAGAAGCUGAAAGCUCCACAACUGGUGGAACUAAGUCUAGAAAGAGUUUUGCAGGAUUUGAAGGGCUAAAGCUGAAUUUUGACGAUAUUGAUGACCAGCAUGAAAGUAGUGCACCUAGUAACAUCCCUCGACCUAGAAAAUCUAAUGCACAAAGACCAAUGGAAAGACAAGGAGUGUACGUAAUUUUAUUAUAUAGCUACUCUAUUUAG